GAGUCGCUGGUCUUCCGAUUUUUAGAUCCGGAUGGUUGAACCAUGGAUACUGAAUGGAGUCCAAAUUCCCUGAGAAGAGAUCCAAAUUCUAAAACCACGGCGGCUAGCAGAGCGCCUUUUUCAGACAUCUCCAACUUUAAUAUCACUCCAAUCGAGACUCUUCGCAAACUCUGCUGCUCCUCCACUACUAAUGCCUCCCGUGCCCCCUCGUUUGGGACCUACUCCUCCAGCAUUGAAUCAACCAUUCUGAAAUCCCCAAUUUCAGUUUUGCUGUCGGACACCAGUGUCGGAUCCUCCUCUCCUGUCCUAAUACAGAACACCAGAAAGCUCGGGUUAUCAGCUCCUCUUCGCAUUCCUGUCUCAUCUCGUUCAUCACAUAGCAAUUCAGGUUCUGCAGAUGGUGAACCAGAAGUUUAUGGUCAAAGUGAGACUCUCUCAAAACCUACAGGAGAAAGUGACGCUACAGUUUUUCACUGCUCUGCAAUUCGUGAAAAUAAAAGGGGCAAAGUAGAUGUAGUUUCUGAUGGUAGCAAGAAGGAUGAUUUGGAUCAUGCUAGCCAACUUUCAAUUGAGAAAAAAAAGAAUAAAGGAAAGCAAAGUAUUAGUUUGCCUUGUUCCCCACCUCCCAAGGCUAAGAAGGACAGACGAAUUCCAAGUGUGAAAGAUAAGUCUGAUGCAACAAUGGCCAAGGAACUGUCUGAUGCACCCAUCAAAUGCUCAACAUUAAGGAAGACCAGGGGAAGAAGAAAGCCGGACAUUUCUGUUUUUAGUUGCCCUCCUUUGCCACGCACAAGGAAUAUUAGGAGCAAGGCUAUUGAAGCUGGUGAAGUUGAGUCAUUAGGAUCAUUGACUGAUCCCAAUAAAAAGCUUCCCAAGGUAUGUAACUAUUCCUCAUUUUAGAAAUUAGUGGUAUAAAGUGCUUUGGGUAAUUAUUGUAUUUUUAGUUUUUACAAUUCAGCCCUUGUUUAGUCAUUUUUUGCCCAAAACUACUAUUAAUGGAUGUAUGGUACUAAUGGUAGUCAUUUUUCUUGCCAUCGGGACUUUUGCUAACCAAAAUCUAAUUUAUUGAUUGUGUUUGUUGAAUUUGUUCAAUAUGAGAAAAAUAGGAUUGGGAAUACUUGUCGAGGACGAUCAUUAUAGUCCUUUGUACUCCGUAUAUUUCUUUUAUUUAGUUAGCAAUAAUAUUUUAAAAGUUUCAGUUAAUUUAGCAAUUUCCUCAACUUCAAUAAUACUACGACCCAAUUUAUGGCGUUUCAAUAUCCAAAUGGCUACGCACUUGACUUAUUUUUUGCAGAAGAGGCCUUCAGGGGAGCAGCCUUUGAAUAACUGGUCUUUCGAUAAAGAUUUUGUAGAGAAGCAAAAGGCAUAUUUCAAAGAAAUUGAUGACUUCGAACUGGAAGUGGAGGAAGACUCAGACUGAUGAUUAUUAGAAGAGUAGACGAGGAGUGUGGGGUAGUGCACGUUCGUUAGUUUUUUGUAAUCUAAAUCUAAUCGCUUGACAUAUGUACAGCUAGAAAAAGAUCCGAUGUGUAUAUUUCUUUCUUAAAUGGGAUAGAAAAGUUACUAGUUCUAUAAAACGCGUCCGGAAUCAGACUGGAACUUGCACGAGCUACUUGUUUGAAUCUGG